AAGACCCUGCAUCAGGAUUAUUCUUUUUCUCUGUCUACAGAUGCUGUCUCGCCUGCUGAGAGCUUCCAGCAUUUUUUAUUUCAGAUUUCCUGCAUCUGUCCGUAGAUGAGGUUGAGUGACCUGUUCAUUGAAACUACUUUCCAGUUCACUCAGAAGUCCAAUAAAUGCAAGAUUCGUGUUGAGAUGAGUUUGUUCGAAAUGCUUAGUGGGAGUUGUAGUUACAUUAUUGGAUUGGUGAGCAGAAUCCCGAAGGGCGUGACUACAAUUCCCAGAUGACUCGUCAACUGAGUGAACGCAUGCUCAAUUCGCAGGAGACCCGAGAGGGGAGAGAGAGAGUGCUGUGUUAAAUUGUACUGGGUCUCGGAGUAGGGGAUAUGCUGGGAGUCAGAGCUCAACUGGCGUUCGCAGUCCGUCUGCAUCGCAGCUACAGCCGUGGCGGAACGGAAUCUCUCAAGAAGACAGCAUUGUAUGAAUUCCAUCGAAAUGAAGGGGGCCGGAUGGUGGAUUUUGCAGGCUGGAAUAUGCCCGUGCAAUACAAGGACAGUCACAUCAGCUCGCACUUGCAUACCCGCCAGCACUGCUCGUUAUUUGAUGUUUCUCAUAUGCUGCAGAGCAAGGUGACUGGGAAGGAUCGAGUGAAGUUCAUGGAGAGCUUGAUAGUUGGGGACAUUGCUGAGCUCAAGGACAACCAGGGCACCCUGUCACUCUUCACCAAUGACAAAGGUGGAAUAAUGGAUGAUCUGAUAGUGACCCGGACAUCAGAUGGAUACCUAUACAUCGUCUCGAAUGCUGGCUGUGCUGACAAGGACUCUGCCCACAUGAAGGAGCAACUAGCCAAGUUCAAAGCUGCGGGGAAUGAUGCUGACCUAGAGUUUCUGGAGGCAGGAUUGAUUGCGCUGCAAGGUCCAUCUGCAGCAAGCGUAUUACAGGAGGGUGUGUCCGAUGACCUCAACAAGCUGCCCUUCAUGUGGAGUGCAAUGAUGACUGUGUUUGGGGUCAAAGGCUGCAGAGUGACCCGUUGUGGCUACACUGGUGAGGAUGGGUUUGAGAUCUCAGUACCAAUUGAACACACUGUUGAGCUGGCAGAGUCGCUGUUGAAGAACAAUGAAGUCAAACUGGCUGGCCUUGGGGCAAGGGACAGCUUGCGCCUGGAGGCUGGCCUUUGUCUUUACGGAAACGACAUUGAUGAGACCACCACUCCAGUGGAAGCAAGCCUUUUGUGGACCAUAGGAAAACGCCGGAGAGCAGCAGCCGACUUCCCCGGAGCUGCGAUUGUCCUGAGGCAGAUCAAAGAGAAAACGAGGCGGAAACGAGUGGGUCUGACGUCAACCGGGCCCCCGGUCAGGCAACACACACCUAUUUUAAACCUCGAUGGAAAAGUCAUCGGGGAGGUGACGAGUGGCUGCCCCUCCCCGUGUCUGAAGCAGAACAUUGCCAUGGGAUACGUGGACACAGAGUACAGCAAGCUGGGCACGCCAAUAAAAGUGGAAGUUAGGAAGAAGAUUGUGGAUGCAGUUGUUGCCAAGAUGCCUUUUGUACCCACUAAGUACUAUACUGUGAAGUGACUCCUUCAUCGAAUGUGUGAGAUGGCCAGGAUUAAGUUCAUACUUUUAUAUGAUAGUAGGUGAUAGUUUGAUAUUGUCUGUCUUCUGGUUUACAAAUUCUGACUGUCACACCCUGACAGACCUGCUCUAUCCUCCUGGAUAGAAUCAUAGAAAAUUUACAACAGGAAAGGAAGCCAUUUAGUCCAUUGUGUCUGUGCCAAGAGAAAACACCAAUCCAAAUGAAUCCCAGCUCCCAGCCCUGCAGGUCAUGGCUCCAAGUACAAUGAGGCCUUCUGCCUCCAUCACCUUUUCAGCACCACCAGUUCUUUCCUUUCGAUAGGGUGGGGGAGUUGCCUGCCUUUAGUCAAGCUCUUGAUAAUUAACCUUUGAACUAAUCUUUGAUAUGCAAUUGUAAAUGAACAUACAAUGUUAAUUAGAUGCCAGCUACCUAAAGAAAGCUGUUGAUGCUGCAGAAUAGUUUCUGCAAUAUUUGAAUAAUGAUAUGAAUACUAAUUUAAUAAUAAUGUAUGAACCUGUGAGAUGGUAACUUCGUCUGCAGCCAGUUCAGUGAUUUUUUUAAAAAUAAAUAUAGUGCCUUAUUUACAGGCAGCAUUUGGUAAUAUUCAAACUUCUGUACAAAAAUGUUAAUGUUGAUUUUUUGUAUGUCUUUUCAAUGUAUUUGUAGAAUAAUAAAAUAAGUAACCAGCAUUGAGGAAUGCAAUGGAGUUAAACAUGAAGGGAGCCAGCUUGUCCAGUAACAGCCUGUAGUCAUGUCUCCUACUCUACCUCAAUCUUGCCCAGACACUUCAAACUACUUGCUUUGCUUGGCCUCGUUCAUCUAGAUUCAUUUUCUUUUCUUGACCUCCUUUUAAACUGAAUAAUUUUUAAACCCAAGCUUAGCAUCACAUGGCAUGUGUUCCUGAAAUCUGGUUCUUUUGAUUGUGCAAUUUGGUCCUGUUUGGGAAAAAAAACUGUUCUGUGAAGGGCAACUGAUCCACUCUAAUGAAAUGCUAAUAUUGUUAAAUGCUGUUUGAUGUUUUUAUGUACUAACCUCUUCUAAUAGAAGAGCUGCUUUUUUUAUUUUUGGUUUGAGUCUGAUCAUCUGUUCAAAAAUAAGAACUUAAAGAAGAAUUAGUUCCUCCUAGCGCGCUCUACGUUCCAUUCUGUUGUUUACCUCUACCUUUUCUGACAAAUUCCUUUCUUUCUUCUUUUUCCUUGGUGGAGAAAUGUAUCAAUGUUUUACCUUGAGUAUAUUUAAUGACCAUUGCAUCUGCCGCCCUCAGCAGUAAAAAAAAUUCAAAGAAAUCACUCUUUUGGUUCCAAGUGGCCAUCCUUCAACCUUAGACUUUGCCACAGUAAACUCUACCCAAGCAUGUUUAAUUGCCCUUUUAUCACACCCUUAGUAAUAAAUUUCAGCAUUUUUGUGAAGAAUUCCUAAUUUCAAGAUGUCUGUGAUUUAUCAUCUGCAUUGCUAUCAUUGGAAGCACUGAAAUGAAGAACCACAAAGGUAAUCUGUGGCUCAGUGGUGACACUUUGAUAGGUUAUGAGUUCAUGAAUGAUGCCAUAGACUAAGAGCACCAGGUCAGCUCUGUGUGAUUACCUGAAGAAGGUUGGGCCAAUGCUCUUUUUGUCCUGGUAUUUUGGGCAAAACUCCUUCUUGCCCAGUAAUAACAAAAAAAGAAA